AUGAAGUACGCUAGUUACAGAACCCAGAGAAACCCAGAAAAGCGAAAAGUGUUAGAAUAUGACAUCCUCAUCCUCAUGUUCUCCGAGGACGUCCGGUACUGUUGGCAGCUCAGUCUCAGCGGUGGUGGCCUUCUCCAUGUCCGCUUCCUUCUGUCUGAGGGCGAGGAUCUCGGCAUUCGAAGCUUCGCUGUCUCUUUGUUUCUUGUUCGAGACCUUUUUGAGUCGAUAGAACUCCUCUCUGUCGAGCUCGUCAAGCUCCGAAUUGAUGUCUUUAAGAUGUUAGUAGGCAUUUAUGAGACGCCAAUAUCAGGAUGGGGAAGUGAGCCAACAUUUGAUGGUAUUCUCCGUCCGAGGAAUGAUAACAUGUUCACUGUUUCAAAUCAGUCAUCUUGA